GUCACCUGCCACUCACCAGAGACUGGUGCCAGAAAGUUUCCACAGCUAUUUCUGCCGGCACUCCGCAGACACUUGAGGGAUGGCUCAGACUCUGUGACUGGAUUUUGUUCGACGGAGCAAAUCAUGGCCAGCAUGGCGGUUCAACUCCUUGGCUUCUUCUUGGGGCUGUUGGGGUUUUUAGGAACUGUUGUCGCAACUCUGCUCCCCCACUGGCGCAGCACUGCCUACGUGGGCUCCAACAUCAUCACAGUCACCGCCUACAUGAAAGGCCUGUGGAUGGAGUGUGUAUGGCACAGCACUGGCAUUUACCAAUGUGAGCUGUACAGAUCUCUACUGGCACUGCCACGCGACCUGCAGGCUGCCCGGGCGCUAAUGGUGCUCUCCUGCGUCACCUCAGUGCUAGCAGCUCUGGUGUCUGUAAUGGGGAUGAAGUGUACCCGCUUCGCCCGUCACUCGGUGAUCAAGUCUCCCCUGGUGCUAAGUGGGGGGGUUUGUUUCCUCUCUGCCGGGCUGCUCUGCCUGGUCACCGUGUCCUGGACCACCAACGAUGUCAUCAUGGAUUUCUACGACCCCUUCCUUCCCAGCGGGAUGAAGUAUGAGAUCGGCCUGGCUGUGUACCUCGGUUACGCCGCGGCCUUCCUCAGUCUGACCGGGGGCCUGGUGCUAUGCUGGAGCAGCAGUGGUGACAGGUCACAGAGGCCCCUCCACAUGCAAAGGAAUCAACCAUUAUCACCUCCCCCCGCCUUCAACCACAUGUAUCCUCCUGCUCCACCCUACAAGCCCCCCGAGGCCCUGAAGGACAAUCGCGCUCCCUCACUUUGCUCUCUCUCCAGCAGUGGCUAUAGGCUCAAUAACUACGUCUAAGGCUGAGGGGAAAUACUAACACAAUACCUGCAAAGCCAGGGGGACUGUUAUGAACGAAGAAAAUACUGCAUGGACCAAAACUGUGAACAGAACCCUUCUGUAACCUAUUUUUUUACUUCCUAACAAGUCAUUUAGCCUCCACUAUACCCAUAAACAAGGGGGCGGGGGAGUAUUUUGUAUUACCAUAUUUAAUAAAUCUGAUUUUAAAAGGUUAUCACAAUUUGACAAACUGCUCAGGCUUUCCUCUGACUUUAAGAUGACCAGA